UUAAAAAAAUAUCAAUGUAUAAUGAUCCAGUCCAGGCUUGACCACUGCAUGUCUGGAUCUAAGGGGCUCCUAAACCCAACUGCGUUGAAAAUGCUCAUUUUCUGUGUUUUCAUUACUAGAAUCGAGGAUUUAUAAACCUGUCAGUUUCUUUUUGUGACAGAGUGCCCAAAAAUUCCUGCUGAAGCGACAACUGGAAAGUGUUUCCAGGCUUCUUCCGUUCUGUCGUAACGGAGCGCUUUCAGCCGGACGGAGGAGCAGCCUUCAUCUGUCGGCUCCGUCGACCAAACAGGGCAACUCGACAUCUACGUCGCCUCUUGUUUCAAAAAUAAGAGCCGCAGGAUCCCCAAGCUUUAGGCAUCUCAUGAACCUCUGCUCAAUGCAUCAUGAGGAGGGGGGCACACUGCACAACUGGAACCCUCCUGGAACAGGACCAUCACCUAAACUGUCAGGGCGGGCAGCGACAGCAGUAAUAGGAGAAUCAGCCGAGAGGCUACUCUUGAGGAGCUGCAGAGACCCACAGCUCAGGUGAGUGAUGGAGGCGAGAGAGUUGAGCGUGGUGGCUGGCAGCUUCGUGGGUUUCCAGCUCCUCUUCUCGGUGGCCAGUCCGCGGCUCUCCUUGGCCGUCACGCCGGGUUACAGGCGGCUACCUCCCACCAAGCUCACCGAGUGGAACUCCAGGUUGGUGUCUACUGUGCACGCCUUGGUCGUGGGGCUCUUCUGUUUGUACAUCUUGUGGUUCGACGAUGCUGUCAACGCCAACCCCGUCUGGGGUGACCCUAAUCUGGUCAAACUAAAUGUAGCCAUAACCUGUGGUUACCUUCUUUAUGAUCUUGUUCUGCUAGCAUGUAACUGGAGCACAAUGGGCGACAGCUUUUUCGUCUGCCACCACUUGGCGGCGCUGUAUGCCUACGGCUAUGUGUUGACUCGAGGGGUGCUUCCUUACUUUGCCAAUUUCCGCCUCAUUUCAGAGCUGUCCACGCCAUUUGUGAACCAAAGGUGGUUCUACGAGGCGCUGAAGUACCCCCGCUCACACCGGCUGGUGGUGCUGAAUGGCGUUGCCAUGGCAGUGGUGUUCUUCGUCGUGCGCAUUGGCGUCAUGCCGUCCUACUGGGCGAGCGUUUUCGCCACGUUCGGCACGCCGGAGUUCGAGCGGCUGGGCCCGGGAGCCCAGGUGGCCUGGAUCACGUCUUGCAUCGCCCUGGACGUCCUGAACACGAUCUGGAUGUACAAGAUCGCCCGCGGCUGCUACAAGGUCCUGACGGGGAGGGGCGGGCGGAAGGUCAAAGACGACGCGGACGGAUCGAUCGGCGCGGACAAGACGCACGCGAACAACCACACGGACUAGCGUAGGACGAAGAGCGUUCGGCCCCAGGUAGAAGCAGGGAGGCAGGCCUGUCUGUCGCCGCAGCAGCCUCUGCGCCCCACCCACCCUCAGUCUCGGAGUCCUCAGGUUCUGACACCGGCUGGGGGAUGAGGAGAGUGCUCUUUGACUCACUCAAGCACCAGCGAUCCCAACCUCACUGUUAUCCAGUGAGCACGAUUACUCUACUGCUGGGAGGUAGCUUUCUUUUGGUUGCAGACAACAAAUUAGAGUUCCCAAGCACACUUUUAGCUCCAUCUGUCGCUCCUCUGUGUCUCAUCUCGCCCCAGCCUCCUCCUCUCACGCUCAACUUCAGCCAAAGCCCAAUCCUCUGAAGUGCCUGUGGAAAAAAAAACAAACAGGAAAGCAAUAAUAGCGGAGGUGCGGGAGGACAAAGUCUAACAAAGUUGAGCUUCCUUCCCCAGCCUCCCUUUCAUCCAACAGCCGGGAGCUCGUCUUCGCUUCAUUUCCCUCUCAUUUUCCGUCCACAGUGAAGGCGAUGUGGCCCACAGAGCGGAGGACUCUCACAUCCACACCGUGUUUGUCAACCUACAGGGCUCUUGUCUUAAAUCCAUCAAACCUCAGAGCAAGAGACAGAAAAACACCAGGAUGCCUCUCCCAGUUUUACCUGCUGUGGCCUCCUUAUAAUAAGUAGCGCCUCUCUGUUACCAGCCAUGCUUCUCCAUCCGCUCAGUAACGGAAGACACACUCUCCAGCAUUUUUUCUUUCUUUUUUUUUUUUUAAACGACGCUACGCCAGUAUCAUCAUCUGUGACAGUAGUACAGCAUCCAUUACAACCCUCUGCCUCAGCUGGAAUGUUUUUGUUCUACCUCUCCCCCUGCCUUACAGAGACGUUGUAAAUAACUCAUGAUUUAAUCAAAAGCUUCUUUUUUUUGUUUUAGUUUUUUUUUUUUUUUUUUUACACUAAGGAGAGAGUGUAUCCCUGAAGGUGUUGUCCAUCAAGAUAUCAGAGUCACCGAGGGACUUCCUUUUCCCCUGGCGUCGGAGAUCGUCCCAGUCCGCCCAGCACAACGCAGCGCCGCCGCUUUCCUUCGCCAACCGCAUCUAGUCGGCACAUCUCAUGCAGAAGGAAGGUCGCUGCCGCUCCUGCCUCCGUUUAUCUACGGCGUCCUCAGCAAGUCUAGGGGCAAAAUCUGCUCGCUGCACAUCCAGCGCCUAGUAAACGUGGUUCGGACCACAUUGACCUUUUACACCUUUAUGUCACAUUACAACUCCAAACCUCCAGUGUUUUUGUUGGGGGUUUUGUGUGAUAGAUCAACACAAAAUGGUGCAGAACCGUGUAGCCGAAGGAAAGACGUUCUCUCCUGCCCGUCUGACACGCGUUUGCAUCCAGCGGCCCUGAGUGAACGCUGUGCCGGAGCACCACGCUUCACCGCGGGGACGGUGUGCUCAGGAUAAUGUGCCGUAUUAGCUUUCUGCCACACGUUGCUUUUUUUUUUUUUCACUGCAGCCAUAAAGUUCAGUUUCAGUUCAGUUUGACCAGUGCAACUUCUUUCCACUUGUUUGCAGAGUCCCUGACGUGGUUUGUUUUGAGCAGCACUUUCUCUGGCUUUUCUCUUUGCCACUCUUCCAUCCUGAUCACAGAUCCCACCUGAGCCGUGGGCCUCUGCAGCUCCUCCAGAAUGACCAUGGAUGACUUGGCUGUCGGCCCACUCUUGUUCCACAGAGAUCUGUGAUGGUCAGAGCUUAGGAUAUUAUUUUAUAACCUAAACCUGCUGUAAAUGUAUCCACCCCAUAGGGUUACACACUAGUGGACUCUACUUGCUGAUUAGGUGACUAAAUCUAUUUAGAUUAAAAGGGGCACAUUAUCAGAUUUAAUUUUAUUUUUUUGGUGUUUUUUCCCUCCGCUCCACAAUCAUGAGCCACUUUGUGUUGGUCUAUCAUAAAAUCACUUUUGUAGCGAGGUGAGAAACCUGAGAAACGGGCGUGAAUACUUUUUCAAGGCCCUGGAAGUGCUGAACCUGCUAAACCUGGAACCUUUGAGACCAUCGGAACGGCGCCCGUCUUUUUGGCAACAGAACUGCUCACGACACGCCUUUCCUUUCGUUUUUCUCAUGCUGUCUGUCCAUGAGUCGGGUUGACGGGGAGUGGUAAUCCGGUCGGUAGCGGCGUGGCAACCUGCAUGCCCAGUUUCCCCACUAUAAACUGUAGAUCUUAAUUGUAGAGCAUGGUGUGACUGACAUAUUUCUGUGAUGCCUUAGUGAACUGUCAAGAUAGAUGACCACCAUCUAAUUAUUGAUUGCAUUAACCUAAUCGGGGGUUUGUCUUCCAAGCUGUCCCCCCCCCCCCCAACACAGAGCAUACUCAAAGCAUGAACUUGUUGUAUUUUUGAUGAUUUCUCCUCGCUGUGCAUGUUUCUACAGUAUUUACAGGUUCAGCAUCUAUGCAGGUGCCUUCUGCAUAGCGGUAUAAUGUCUAAUUGUUAACACAUCUUCUAUAUGCCAGUUGCCAGUACUUUUUUUGUUUGUUUGUUUGUUUGUUUUUUUUGUUUUUCACAGAUCUAGAGACAUUUCUUUGUAAAAGGUUUGCUGUGAGCAGACUAAGUAACCACGCACGGCAGACAGAAACAUGGGAUCUCACAGAUUUAGCUUCACGAGCAGAAGACGAGGAUCGACAUCACCACUCUUGGUCCGAGCCAAGGUUUCCUAUAGAAGCACAAACGUCAAUCAAAACGUGCCCCGAAAGCAGCAUGACCGAAUGCUUCCAAUGCGCGUUGCUUUGGUAGAGUAGUUCAUGAAGUGCGCAGAAGUGAACACAAGAGGGAGCAACGAGAUCGGCAGAGAAGCCUGUAUCAGAUGAGCAGCAGAGAUCUGCCCCUCCACCGGUUCUCAAACCUUUAGGACGAGUUCCAACGCAGUAAAUUGACAGUUUUCCACGCACUGCGAUUUUUACACAGGGGUGCACUUGGACUUGAACUUUCUUUAGUUUGUGUUUAGAAAAAAAAAAAAAGAAAAGUAAAAACCUUCCAAGUUGGAAAACUGAAGGUUUUGCACUGAUCCCAACCUUGAAAUCCACUGUGGCUGCCUUCCAUGAAAAACGUCAGGAUAGUCGCAGUAAAAAAAAAUCCUGUUUAUUAGCACUUCUGAGUGUUUGCGUCUGGUUAAAUUAGUCACAGACACGGUAAUACACUGUUCUGUUCUGUUGCUACAGUGUUUAUAAGUACCAAGUACAGAGAAAAGUUACAGCAGAGAUGCACAGGUCACCUAUUUGUGUCGUAAAUUUCCGAUCAGUGUCGGGGUUUGUUUUUAAUAGCUCUGAUUUGCUGACUCCAGUUUUAGUUGAUUCUGAUUUCUCCCAAAACUUUCUUUCUGCUUUUUUUCCUAUGUUUUGGGUAAAUUACAAACUUCAACUGUCCUAACAAAAACGUUCAUCUUAAAAUAAAAGGAUUCUGCAAAGACAACCCAAAAUUAAUUAAAAAUAAAAUGAAAAACAGUCAAAUCGUCCGGAUUAUGGAACCGAAGCAUCUAUAAACAGAACCCAGCUUUUUAUCUCCUUUAAAGCUUGCGGGUAUGUUCUUUCUUCUGUUUUUCUGUGAUUAUUUUAGCACUGCUGAGGGGAGCGAUAGGAUUUGCAUAGAUCUGCAGCUAAACAGACUUUUACUAAUAUUCCAGAGCAAAUGACACCAGGGUUGCAGGUUUGAACUGCCUGCAGCAUCUUUUUGAUGCGAAUGGUGCAGGAAGCAUUACUAACAGCAUUCCCUGUGCGUAUUCCCUGUAGAUUUCUUCGACCUACCAUCACUGUGAGACUUCCAAAAGAUUGGCAACACUUUUUAAUCCAACAUGUUCCAUGGCGGACGCCACUAGCCCACUCUAAAAGAUCAAAUGGAGCAUCUUUUGCUGUAAUGCAGUCAGCUCCAAUAAUAAAUAGUUUCCCUCAUGUGCGAUGCUUUUACUGUGUGAAAGAGAAAAAACACAGAUUUUUGGUGUCUCAAGUGUAAGCUCACCUUUUCCGGUUACUGGCUGGCUUCUCAGUGGCUCACUAAUUGUUAUUAGCUUGUAAUUCUGAUAAUGUUUAGCCUAGUCACUGAACCCGUUAAUUAGCAACCCACUGGUUUUCAGACUUGGAACUGGCACACCGUUCAGCUUGGUUUGAUGCUCUUCCCAGAUCCAAGAGGCAGAUCAUGGAGCCGGCAGCACUUACUCCAGGUCCACUACUGUGCGCCUCAGUUUUGUGCUGAAACUUCCCAACGUCUUUUCCUCCGAUCUUCUUGUUUGGGAAGAUUUUGAAGAAGCAAAGAUCAUUGCAUUUAAAUAACGUUUUUUGUUUUGGUUUUUUUGCUCUGUUUCGCGGUUACUAUCCAUUUCCUCUUAUUUUUCUUCUAAAUCACUGAUACCUAGCGGUUCUGAGUUAAGGUCAGCCCAGGCCAGGACGGUUUGAGAACCACAGCGUCACACUCGUAUUCGUAACUUCAUGCAACCCGUUUGCUCCUGUGAUUCUUCGAGCCCAGCUUGGCCCGGCAUCAACAAUAUUUGCUCUCUCCUGACCCCCGUACAAGACUUGACAUGAUCUCAGUUGCGUUCGUACACUCACAGCACUGCUCAACUCCACGCAUGUAAAACUUGCUCCUGUAAACGUGGACGUCUGGGUAGUUUCUAGCUGGUCUGGUCCUGUUUUCACUGUGGAAAUAUAAAGCACACUCCCUAUGUCUAGGAUGUCCCUUAUUUCUGUCUGCCACUCCAGAAGAGGGGCUACAGUUUCUUGUGCCUUUACACAAACGGUGGAUGUUCCGGGCAGAUUUGGAUGAGCAUGAUUAUCUCCCUGUGUAUGUGCUGUGUGUAUAGUUUUUCUAACCUGCCUGCACAGUGUUUAGCCGAUUGAGUAUUCUAACCCAAAGCUGAUCCCUCGCAGGGAGCCUUUUCUGUGACGGUUUAUCGGGGGAUAGGGGGGCGGUACCAAUCUGAAUGCUGGGAUGUUAUUUAGUGGCAUUAAGUUGAUCUUAUACUUGUUUAAGAUAAUAAUGGCAGUCAGUGUGUUCUGGCUUAUCUGUCAAUGUGACUGGCGAAACGGCUUUUUGUCUCACUGUUUUAGUUUCUGAAGCUCAUAGUUGAGACAAAUCAGUCGGCAUAGAACUGGAUUAAGGAGACUUCGUUGACACCGGCGGGGAUGAUGAUGAUGAUGAUGAGGAAGAUGAUACGCUUCUGGGGCUGCAUCGUCCGAUUAGUUUUGGGUCUCCUUUAGGUUAGAGAGAGACUGCGUUUCAACGCAGGACUCUCGCACAAAGUGAGACGUAAAUCACCUCGUCGUCUGCGAACGGGAAGACUUGAGGUUUCGUCUUUGAUGGGAUUUUAUUUCUGCCUCUUAUUUUAUUCUCAGUCUCAGCGCUGGCUGUGUGCGGAACGUGAAUGUGACCGUGAGUUAAUGGUGAGCUUGGCUGAUUUGUUAUCUGUACUAUCAGGUUAGAACAACCAAGGUUGCCUCGGAUCAGCGAGGAGGCGACGGCUUGCUGAAGAGUGAAUUACAGUAUUUAAAUGCAGAAUAUAACUGAAAAUGUAUGCGAAUCGUGGAAAACCUUGAACUGAUCAAAUCCCUUGAUCUCUGCAAUGUAUAACAAAAAUGGUACUUUUGAGGCCGCUAUAAUUUUUCGUUUUUCUUUAUUCUCUCAAGUCAGAUGUGAUGGCCUGUGUAAAUGAAACUAAUUAAUUUAAAAAAAAUCUCAAGGACAGCGACAUUUGUUUGAUGGUGGAGACUGAAUGUAAAAGUAAAAAUCAAAUGUCUUGCCUGGAAUUUAAUUUUCCAGUGAAUAACUUGUCAGUGUGGCUUUCCUUCCUUCCUCUUCGUUUUGUCUUUUAAUGCAAUGCAAUCUGUUGGAAUGAACUCGUUACUUUUCUUUCCUUGAUUUUAAUGUGAAACAGCCUACACUACAGAAAGGCCCUCUGGGUCACUGUCUUAGUUUUACCAUACGACUCAGACUUUUGUUCUCAACAAUGACCACUACUAAUUAUCAUGUAAUAGUAGUGAUGAAACGCUGAGAAUUACUUGAAAGUGUUGUUCUUCAAUAAAGUUGAACACAAAAAGUC